UGAACUAACCCAAUGACCUUUGGCCUUCAAACAUGGCUACACACUGGCGUAUUUUAGCUGUCGCUACGAUUAUUUGCUUUGGCUUGAGGCAUGUUUUCUUUGCUGGGCCUUAAUUAUUAUAUCAACCUUCUGACCAGGAACUCUUCUUCAAAUGUGGCACAUGUUUAGGUAUAUUCUCGUUAACCGUAAGCUAUGAGAGGCUGUAAAUUUAUGUGAAGUUGGUCACGCCCCCCUCCCCCAUUUUUCUGAACGCUCGACCGGACAACUUUUUGGUCCCUAUCAAUCUCCUAUACACCAUUGUAAGAGAUGGCCGGAAGUGGUAUUACUGUUUCUGGCGAGCAGUGGUUACGCGAGAUGGACACUUUCCGCGCCAACCCGACGGCUUACCUGGUAGGGAAGAGGAUGGACGAGGAAGGGUUUGUGUUGGAUAUACUUCAGGCAUUAUACUCAGAUGAGUUAUCACACACUAUCAAAGUACAAUUACUCGGACUACUCCAGGAAAGGUGUGGAGUGUUGUUGAGCACCGACACAAGUGUAGAGCAGACAGUUGGAUCCCUUACAGGAAUCUUCCAACAAGCUGAUGUGGACACUGCAGCUUUCUUCAAAGGCCAGGUUCUUGUAGCAAUAACAACAAUACUGAUUGCCAGAGAUCAACUGGUGGAGCAGCCCCAGUUGGUAGGAGAGUUUCUCAACACCCUGCUGGAUGUGGUCAGUAAGAUCAACAGUGGGCCAGACCAGGUUCUGAGGGGCGUGGCCUGUGAGUGUCUACGAGAGAUGGAGAUGUCUUAUCCUGGUCUCCUAAUGCGAAAAGUUGGCCACCUAUAUGUCAUGAGUCAGACUGAGAACACUUUUGUGGGACAGAACUAUAUGAUGCUGUUUGUGACAGUUUUGAAAAAUGCUAUGCAGAGUAUUCUACAGGAGACAGAAGUGACAGAAAAGACUCAAUUAUCAGAACUCUUGGCAGGGAGAGUAGAACCAUUUAAGCCAAUAUGUCUACCAGAAAAGGUGGACAGCAGUACAUUCCCAUUGCUACAAAUGGAAAGAGAAUCAAGUGCUGAUACCAAAGGUUUGGAGAGCAAGGAACUGAAGAGUGUGAUCUCAGUGGUAGUGGAGCAUCUCCCCCUACUGACUUCUGCAGGAAAGGCAUUUGUGCUGAGACAGCUCAUCAGUUGUGUGGACAUGUCUCCUGAUCUGUCAGCUUCUACUUUCAAGUCCCAGUUUCUGAACCAUGUGGCUACAACUGACAUUGGAUUGUUGCACACAGUCCUACAAUUAAAGAGUCAGUUUGGAGCAGACCUGCUGAGUGAUGUAGAUGAGGACCUGUUGUUGAGACGACUGCUGACGUUCGCCAACCACCCGUGUGUGCCUGUACUACAGAGGUUACUGUGCUGGCACUGGGUACUACACUAUACCACUGACAAACAGACAUCAUUUGAGGUCAUCCCAGCCAGACUACAGGGUCCACUGGUCACUCAGCUGUUUCCUCAGAUAUUUGACCACAUGACAGAGAUGGUGACCAAACUCAGGGCCAUCAGUCUGUACUAUGCCACCAACACACCUCCAGACUCCUCCCUCCAGUUGUUGAUUGACAGCCUAGUAUGUGUGCAGAAGUCAGUACAACAGGGGGUGGGGGGCCAGCCUGCACAAGCCUUGUUCCAGGCUCUGUUUCAGUACUACAGACAGCACCAUAGUCCAGCACUGGCUGCUGAAAUACAACGACUACUACUAGAUGUGGUACUGUUCCACCCCAAGUUUGUGGCACAUACCAUUGACCUACUGGACAGCGUGGAAGAGCUCACUCCAGACAGCCCCAUGCCAGUUGAGAUCCUGGGUGCCCUUACCACCCACACAGUGAAGUCCUCCCCUAAGGAUGUGAUAGCAGACCUGGAACAUUACAUGAUGAUUCUGGAGAAGGCUGCUUCCAUGACACAGAUAGACCCAAAGCCCACAGUGCUGUACCUCCUGACCCUGCUCCAGACCACGCCCCUGUGUGAGGAGGGGAGCUGGCACCGUGGCCACGCCCUCCUGUCUGUGUGUGCAGCCGUCAUGAGGAACCACCCCAGUACACAGUAUUUCAAAGAGAUGGGAGAUGUUCUGUACGCCAUGUUGACCUUGUACGAUGACCUUGAUGUCCGGGACCAGGCACGGCUCUAUUACACCCUUCUAACCAACCUGUCCUUUGAUAAGUUAUCCAGUCUCCUGGCUGUGUCAGCUGACAACAGAGCCCAUACUGCCACCAGUCUUACCAAACUGGUCACAGGUGGCAGCACCUUCCCACCUGCAGCACCUGUUGUACAAAUCACUCAACCUCUGCUCAAACUUACCAGAGUGCCAGAUGAUCCUUCAGCUGAGUCAAAGUCAGAGGGCCCAGAGGAUUUAAACAUUCAUGAAAAAGACUUGCUGUCAACAUACCUUGAGAGAAUACAGGCCUCCACAUACCAGCCUGCCAUCCAUAUCAAGUACUACCUUCACUUUGACACAGAUGCAGACCCAGACUACAGCAGGCUGUAUGCCUUGGUACUGCAUGUACAGACAAACAACAAGUAUGCACAAGUGAAAGAUACGUAUGUUUCCUGUAUUAGUAGAGAGGACUCUAUGAAGCCCGAAAAAGACUGCAAAACCAUUACGUUGUCAUUUCAACCACUGGAGCCAGUACCUACACAGUUUACCAUCAGCUGUGACUUCAGCACUGAAGACGGCAAGACGUGUGCGGCGCACCUGCCAGUCCUGCAGCUGUCAUUCCGAGACCUGUUCCUGCCCCUGGCUGUUCCAGGUGCCCAGAAACUGCAGCUGUUUCAGCAGCUGUGGGAGCACAUCCACUUGCAGCAGCAGCAGACAGCUGAAGACAGGUAA